AUGUUGGUUGACAGCGGGGCCGGAUUGAAUCUGAUUUCUCCAAAGUUCGUCAGCAAACUCCAGAGAGCAGAUGAACAGCUCAAGGUUACUUGUACGUUCCAAGGGAUCAACCCUGGCAGGAAUCGUCAUAAGGGGAAGAUCACACUGCCGGUGACGUUCGGAGGGGGGUUAAACUAUCAGACUGAGAAGAUCGUGUUUGAUCUGGUUGACCUCCCCCUGCCGUACAAUGGAAUCCUUGGUCACCAAGCAUUGGCCAAAUUCACGGGGGCAUCCCACUAUGCCUACAAUACUCUGAAGUUGCCAGGGCCUAUAGGCGUCAUUUCCAUUCCAUCGGACAAGAAAGACGCAAUCAUAUGUGUGGACAAGAUGUACCGGGAAGCAGCCACUGCAGAGGCCGCGGAAGCCACUGCUCCCGCCAAGGUUUGCAUAAAUUCCACAUAUCUAAACAAAGCAUGCCAGAAGGACCCGUUCCCCAUGCCGCGCAUCAACCAGAUUGUGGAUUCCACCUCCGGGUGUGACCUGCUCUCCUUCCUGGACGCCUACUCUGGAUAA